AUGUCCAGGGAGUCGAAGGACCUCUUCUCCAACACGUCGAGGGGACCAUCCAAGGAGCCCUUUCAUUCGGAUGGUCCAUCACCUGCAAGUGGCCCUACCAGGGGAUCCAAGGAGGUGACGAAAGAGAUGUACGACAUGUACGUCUCCAAAUCCUUUUCAUCCAUUGGUUCCAUUGAGAGCAUCACUGCAACACGUGAAGGAGAAGGUCUACCAGAAGCUCCACAUUUGCCGUCACUUCCGCACUCUUUGGGCGAAGUCCACAAAGGCUGGCUACAAGAGACAAAGACUUGGGACACCUGA